AUGAGUUUCAAUUCCGUCUCCGGUGGUUGUGGAUCGGGCUCUUCGCGUGGUGGACGUCAGUUUCAAGACCAUCAAAAUCCAAGGUUUUGUGAGUGCCAAACUGAUGGAAGAAGGUUGAGGGCUGUGAUAAUGACAUCGUGGACGGAUGAAAAUCCCGGUAGGAGAUUUUAUGGAUGCCGAAAUUGGAAGAUGAAGAAUUGUGGUUAUUUUGAUUGGCUUGACGAACCAAUCAGUGAAAGAGCUAAAGACGUUAUCAAUGAGUUGAAGGUCAUGAAGAAUAAGGAAAGCUCAAGCUUGGAACCGAUGGAUAUGGAGAUUGAAUUUGCCAAGAUUUGGAAUGUCAUUGAAAUGUUGAAAGAAGAUUCAAACAAAAAUAAGAAGAAAUCUAGAUUGGUUACUGCAAUGUUGGUUGUUUCUUGGUUGUUUAUAGCAUAUUAUGCACUAGUUUAG